AUGACCGGCCAGGCAGGAAAAUACGUGGGCCGCUUAGGCGACAAAGUCGUGCUCAUCGUGGGAGGAACUUCGGGGAUUGGCUACGCCGUCGCAGAAGCCGCACUGGAACACAAUGCAAUUGUGAUUAUCGCUGGAUCCAACCCAGUCAAACUGGAGCAGGCUGUCUCAAGACUCAAGCUGUCAUAUCCAUCGCAAAGCUCCAAAACACGACUGAGAGGGAUUACUAUUGAUCUCGCCGACGCCGAGAACCUGGAGGAAAAUGUGCAAUCCGUGCUGCGAUUCGCCGCCAACGGGGGGAAGAUAAACCAUGCUAUUAUCACCGCUGCAGACAUGAUGCCUCCACCACCGCCGCUGACUGAAAUCACUGUCCAGAGUCUAGAGCGAUCAAGCCGCAUUCGCUAUACGGCACCACUGAUCUUCGCCAAAUAUCUACCCCAGUUCAUGGACCGAGUUUCGGAGAAUUCUCUCACUCUUACGAGCGGCGCCCAUGGCCACAAGCCUGAUCCGGGCUGGUCCGCCAUUACUGGCUACAUUGGAGCGGUUGAGACGAUGAUGAAGGGUUUGGCCGUCGAUCUGAAGCCUCUCCGCGUGAAUGCCGUCUCUCCGGGAGCGAUUAUAACUGAGGUCGUGCGGGAAAUGCUAGGCCCGCACUACGACAUGGCCAUUCAAAUGGCGAAAGACAAGUCCUUGGUGGGUAGUGCCGGCACCCCAGAGAGUGUAGCUCAAGCCUACCUGUAUCUUAUGAAAGACCAAUUUGUCACCGGGACCGUGUUGGAGACCAAUGGGGGCUUGCUGUUGGCUUGA